CUAUUUCUUCUGGGAACAGAUUGUUGGUUACAUUUCAAGAUGGAUGUUUCCGAAGCUAAAAUUGUGUUCCUUGGUGGCGGAAAGGAUCUAGAAUUGAAAGAUGACGGCGGUAACACUUCUGAAAUGGACACCAAUCUUCCAGCCGAUAUUUUAGAGCAAAAUCUCAGAGACAAAGAGAUAAGUGCUCUUUGCUGGGCAUCUUCUGAUGACUCCAUUCUCGCUGUUGGAUACUUAGACGGAGAUAUCCUGUUCUGGAACUUGUCAUCUGCAGCACCUUCAAAAGGUCAACAAACCACUUCCUCUAAAAACGUUGUUAGGCUACAAUUUUCAAACGCAGAAAGAAGAAUCCCAGUCAUUGUCUUACAAUGGUCCAAUAAUCGCAAAUCUCACAACGAUUGUAUUGGUCAGUUGUUUGUCUAUGGCGGUGAUGAAAUUGGUUUGAAAGAAGUUUUGACUGUUUUAACUCUCGAAUGGUCAUCUGGGAUGGAGUCAUUAAGAUGCACCGGUCGUGCAGACCUUACACUUAACGGCACUUUCGAAGACUUGAUUUUACUGCCAAGUCUAGGAGAAAGGGAUUUGAAUAGCAAAGAUGAUCUUUUUGUGCUAACAAACCCUGGACAGAUACACUAUUACGAUAAUGAUAGCUUGUCUACAUUAUUGUCUCAGCAGAGUAGGACAUCAUCUGUAUCUGCACAGGAGUUUCCGGUGCUAAUACCUAUGGCCGAUCCAUCUUUGACCGUUGCAAAACUCAUCAAGUUGCCGAGUCAGUUAAACUCAUCAAAAACUCUAGCUGAGGUAGCCUCAAUUCUGAAAACUAGCACAAAACCUGGCUCAUCUAGCUUUGCAAAUUGGCCCUUAACCGGGGGUGUUCCUAGCCACUUGUCCACUGUUAAAGGUGCCGGAGUUGACAGAGUUUACUUCGUGGGAUAUUCUAAUGGAUCUGUCCUUCUGUGUGAUGCCACACAUCCAAUCUUGUCUUAUAUUUGCUACAUAGAAGGAGAGGCUAAUGGUGUGUGGAAAUUUGGUGGAACUAUCAAACCUGCAACACAGCAACAAUAG